GGAAACUGGCCGACAAGCAAGUUUCCGCGCGUGAAGUUAGGUGACGUGAAGCAGCGGAGGUUAGGUUCUUUUGCCAUACAGAGAGAUGACGGAUACAAAGAAAGAGACUGCCUCGUUGGCAAACACUAACAAACUGCCGGCAGUGCCGGAAUCUGUCCUGAAGAGGAGGAAACGCCGUGAAGCAUUUAAUGCUGCGCGCUUGCAAUUAUCUAUUAAGCAACGUGCGAAUCGGUAUAAGAAAAGGAAAGAAACUUUUAAGAGGGCGGAACAAUAUGUGAAAGAAUAUAGACAAAAGGAGAGAGACGAGAUAAGAUUGAUGAGGCAGGCUAAGAAUCGUGGAAAUUACUACAUAUCCAGGGAAGCACAUCUUGCAUUUCUCAUCCGUAUCCGAGGUGUGAAUCAAAUUACACCAAAGGUACGGAAGGUGUUACAUCUGUUCCGGCUAAAACAGAUUAACAAUGGCAUCUUUGUUAAAUUGAACAAGGCGACGGUCAAUAUGUUACGUAUUGUCGAGCCUUACGUCACGUGGGGAUACCCUAAUUUGAAAUCUGUUCGUGAACUGGUGUACAAACGUGGAUUUGCCAAGAUAGACGGCAAACGUGUACCGAUAACCAGCAAUACCAUCAUUGAGAAGAAGCUAGGUCACUCUGGCAUCAUCUGUACUGAGGAUUUAAUUCACGAGAUAUUCACUGUCGGGCCGAAAUUUAAAUAUGCCAGCAAUUUUCUGUGGCCCUUCAAGCUCAAUACACCGAAUGGCGGAUGGCGUAAGAAGACUAACCAUUACGUAGAGGGUGGUGACUUCGGAAAUCGAGAGGAUAAAAUUAAUGAACUUCUCAGAAAGAUGGUGUAGACUCAAAGAUUUUCAUAAAUAAGCUGCUAUGUUCAAAAUUAAAUUUCUGUUAUAUAUUAUGUACA